ACGUAUUCAAACUUACCUGCGCACUAUGUACGGACUUAGUUAUUAGGUAACUUACCUAACUUAUCAGCCCGGAAGGCCACCAAACCUAACGAUCCCCAGUCUACAUUUAUCGUCACCUCUAGCCAACUUACAUAUCCAACUUUGUUAAGCAUCGACCUAAGCACGGUUCCUUUUUAAGUUCUCAAAGUCAUAUUCAACUGAUCGAAUAAUAAACUGUCGCAGGUGGUAGCAUGUUGAAAGUUGAUUAGUUAGUGAUAAAGAACAAAAAGAAAGCUACAUAGCAUCUCGAGGCCUCGGAUCUAUUUCAACUCCUAACUCUAAAACAAUCCCGGCUUACGAGGAAUUGCUAAUCUAUACGACGCAUGGGGCCCUGAUAUAAAACCACGCAAACCUUAUCCUACGCUCCGCCUCAGUCGUACGUAUCGAGACCAUGGCAACCAACGGCGAUAUCGAUAUAGGCCAGCUCUCUCCGGAGCAGCAGUCGGCCCUCGAGCAGUACACCCAGCUCACAGCACAAGACGUUAAGGACGCGGUGCCGUUGUUAGAGAGGUCUCAAUGGAACGUGCAAAUAGCAAUAGCCAAGUUCUUCGAUGGCGAAGGCCCCGAUCCCGUAGCCGAAGCUAUGGCCGCUCAGAACGAUAUUCCCCGACAAGCAGCGAGACAUGAAAAUCUACAAGAAAGCUUCGCAGCAUCCGCGCGGCCCGCCGGACGCUCAGUACCCCGAGCCAGACCAGACCCCGCGCCAAGGAUCGUGCCUCAACCUCAGACGACCACCCGCCUGCCUUUCAUCCUGUCUGUCCUAUUCGCUCCCUUCAACUUCGGAUACAAAGCCGUCUCGACGCUCUUCCGCACAUUUAUGUACAUAUUCGCCUUUCUCCCCGCAUCUAUACGGCCCCGUAUGAUAACUACGAGCAUGACGAGCGGGUGGAAGGGCACCAUGGGUCGGCGUAUGCUGAUGCCGCGCGACACCGCCGCCCGGUUCAAGCGGGAAUUCGAAGAGGAGUACGGUAACGACAGCCUGCCCUUCUUCGAGGGCGGCUUCGCGCAAGCUCUCGACCUAGCUAAGAAGGAGCUCAAGUUCCUCCUGAUAGUGCUCAUGUCGCCCGAACACGACGACACAGAAUCUUUCACCCGGGAGACUCUACUCUCGCCCGACGUCAUCAGCUUCGUCAACGAGCCUAGCAAUAACAUCGUCCUAUGGGGCGGCAACGUCCUCGACUCCGAGGCAUACCAGGUCGCCGCCGAGUACAACUGCACCAAGUUUCCCUCCUCAUGCCUAGUGUGCCUGACCCCUAAAGAGGGCAGCACCCGCAUGAGCAUCGUCAAGCGACUAGCCGGCCCCAUACCCCCCGCAACCUACCUCGCCGAGAUCCAAACCGCAAUCAACAAGUACGCCCCCGAUCUAGCAGGCGCCCGCGCCGAGCGCACCGCCCACGAAGUCGCGCGCACCCUCCGCACAGAGCAGGACUCGGCGUACGAGCGCUCCCUAGCCCGCGAUCGCGAGCGCGCCCGCCAGCGCAGGGAAGCCGAAGCCGCCGCCGCCGAGGCCGAGCAGCGCGCCAGAGAAGAAGCCAAAGCCGCCGAGCGCCGCGCCGCCCAGCGCCAACAGUGGCGGCGCUGGCGCGCCUGCACCGUCGCCCCCGAGCCCGAAGCUUCCGCCAAAGAAGACGUCGUGCGGCUCGCUCUCAAGAUGCCCGACGAAGCGGACGGGCGGAUCGUGCGACGGUUCGCGGGCACGACUACGGUGGAGGAACUGUAUGCUUUUGUGGAGUGCUACGAUCUGCUCAAGGGAGGAGAGGAGCUCGACGACGAUGUGGAGGAGCCGGAGGGCUACGAGCACGAGUACAAGUUCCGGAUUGCGUCCCCCCUGCCCCGAGUCGUCUACGAGCCGGAUGCUACUGCUACGCUGGCGGAUACGAUUGGCAGGUCGGGAAACCUGAUUGUGGAGAGUAUAAUCUCCGAUGACGAGGAUGAUGAUCAGGGUGCGGCGUAAAAUAGAUACAAACUUAAUAUAUCUAGCAAAAAGAACUAACU